AUGCCCACGAAGGAGGAGAGGUCUGUGCAGGUAGACCUCUCCCUGAAUAUAGAGGAUGGGGAAGGCGAUGGGGAGAAAGGAUUGAAAGGGGGAAUAGGGGAGCUUGGAGGCGUGUCAGAAGAGGUGGAGGAGGAGCAGGAGGAAGAAGAAGAUCGGAAGAUGGGGGGAGAAGAGCAGCAACUGGACAAGGGAGGACAGGGAGGAGGAGACGAGACCAUGCCGGAGGGCCUAGCCAACGAUGAGGUAGAUGCCGACUUUACGGAAAGGUUUUGUUACCAAUAUAUCGUUAUUAAGUUUCUUCUUGGGAUUUCGCAGCUUUUGCGUCUGCAGGCGGAGCUGACCCGAAUAAAGGAGGAGAACAGGAUACUGAAGGAGGGUGUCGAGAGGGCGAUGAAGGACUACUGCGACUUGAGGAACAAGUUCACAGAAAUCCAGCAGCAAGAGCGACAGAAGUUACCCAGUCAGGUCCUCUUCUAUCCUCUUAUCUAUCGAAACUGGUAUAGAGAGAGAGACAGAAAGCAACAAUGCACUGUAUGUCUAUCUCGGUCGGAACACAACGCUCCACAUUAACCUUCAUCCAUUCUGCAUAAUUAGGAUCCAGAAAUAUUUCUUUCUCUUGGGGGAGGAGUCCGCCAAGAAUUCCGAAGCCCGAGCAGAUUGCUGGUCCGUGAAGACGAUGAUAAGAUCGGUCCAGAAGAAGUUGACAACCUCGGGUUAUCACUAAGAAUGCAGACCCAUGCCAACCUACCUGAAAGACAAGAAGAAGAAACGGAACAGAAGAGGGAGGAGCUAAGCAACUGGAUGCCUCUGGACGUGACACAACGCACCGGUGACCUUCCAGGGAUCGCUAGCCGGAGUUUUAAUCCCGCUAACAGGAAAACUAGGGUUUCCGUCAGGGUCAGAUGCCAGGGCCCUACCGUAAGCUUCCCACCAAGCGAGUUCUUUCACGCUUAUGAUGGAUUAGAUUAUGUCUUGUCAGCAGUUAAAAUGAAUAAUUCUAUGGAAUAAUGGGCAGAUGAAUGACGGAUGCCAAUGGAGGAAGUACGGCCAGAAGAUUGCCAAGGGGAAUCCUUGCCCCAGGGCUUACUACCGCUGCACGGUGGCGCCGGGAUGCCCAGUCCGUAAGCAGGUAAGAUAGAUUAAACACGUUUACAGUCUCCUGUAUCUCUUCACAGUCUGGUCUAUAUUCUGCUUAUUGCUAAAACUAUGUUGGAGAUAUCACAUUUUGAUGGGUACUGUGUAAAAAUUGAGAUCUGUCUUUAUAUGGCUGGGAUUAUAAUAUCAGUUAGAGUCAUCAACUGCACAAUCUCUUGUAACCCUUCACAAUGUAGCUUCUAUUUCGUUUCUACACAAACCCACGUCGAUAGAUCAUCAAAUCUUUGUUGGCACAUAUGGAAAGUGAGAUCCUUGUUGGAAAGACAACCAGUUUGUAUUGUAUGUGGAAGAAACCAGAUAUGUGUAUAAACUUAAGUAACAAUACAGAAUCUAGCUUAUAUGUUGCUUUUAGUUAAAACCCAUGAUGUAACAUCUGCAAAUUCUAUUGAGCGAAAUUUGUGCCUAAGAAAAUGUAACUUGUUAAAGAAGUUUUCGGGGAGAGAGAGAGAGAAACACGACUAAAAUCCUCUGUUAUGUUCAAAAUGUGCGUCUAUUUGAAUUAACGUCGAAUUCAUGUCGGAAAAUCAUGAAAACUUUUAUCGGCUACUUGAGAAAAUUGAGAUUAUCCAUUGAUUAAUCUUUUUUAUGAAAUAAUUUUUAGUUAUAAUGCGAUAUUCUUCUACUGACUGAUUUCACGAGAUGACUGCUGGGGAUGGCAGGUGCAGAGAUGUCAGGAGGACAUGUCCAUUCUUAUAACAACCUAUGAGGGAACUCACAACCAUCCAUUGCCGGUGGGGGCGACUGCAAUGGCCUCCACGGCAGCGGUAGGCACCGGUUUUGCGUUGUCACAGGAAGGGGGGUUGGCGCCGUCGUCAGUCCAAGGCGGCGUUUCGAGUGGCUCUCUAAUUUCCGUGUCUUAUCCCCGGCCGUUUAUCAUGAACCCACCUUCUUCUUCCCACCCUUCAACCAGCUCCCACGGGGGCUCCAGCCGGACGACGAUGCUAGACAUGGCUAACCACCCCGUCCAUGCGGGGUACCAGUUUGGCCUACCCAUGUCUUCAUACAUGACCUACACCAAAAAUAACCAAACUGGAAGCAGCUCUUGGGGUGGGAGUAGGCCGCCGUGGGGUUUGGAUGUGGAGGCACAACUCGCUACCAACGUGGUGGCAGACCCGAAGUUUACGGCGGCAGUCUCCGCUGCUGCCAUCUCAUCCUUCAUAAGCAGGGAAAACCCGAGCAUCAGACACCCCGGAGUUCCUCCAUCCCAAGGGAGUGGAGACGAAGGGACCAGCGCCAGCCAAUGGGUGCUCGAGUCUCACUCACCUACGAGGAAGCCACCUCUCCGCCCACCUUGA